AGUGAAGUCGGAGGCGGGGCUUGGUAGGUGGCUCUGCUGCUGCGUGAGGUGACGGGUUCAGGACAGAGGACUAAGCACAUGGACUGGAAGUUAGAAGGGAGCGCUCAGAAAACAGAGUCACACGUGCUGCAGGAGCAAGAAGUCACCCUAGAGGACACAGGUGAAGAUGGCAUCUCUGAAAGCUUCCAGCUUCUACAGAUUGACGUGGAAUGUGAGCAUCGAGAAGAGAUGACCCUGCCUACAAGCAAUGCAGUGUGGCGCUCGCAAAAUGUCCAAAGAAAACAGAGACACUGGGAAAAGGUAGUUGCAGCAAAGAAGAGUAAAAGAAAACAAGAGAAAGAAAGAAGAAAAGCCAACCGUGCAGAAAAUUCAGGCAUCUACCCCCAGCACAGCAAACGUUUUCUGAGAUCCUUAACCAAGGAAAGACUUUUGGAAGCCAAACACUCAGGACCAAGACUCUGUAUCGAUUUGAGUAUGACCCACCACAUGUCUAAGAAGGAAUUAAGUAGACUGGCUGGACAGAUCCGAAGGUUGUAUGGUUCAAAUAAAAAAGCUGACAGGCCAUUUUGGAUCUGCCUCACUGGAUUCACCACAGACAGUCCCCUGUAUGAAGAGUGUUUGAGGAUGAAUGAUGGAUUUUCUAGUUAUCUGCUAGACAUAACAGAAGAAGACUGCUUUAGUUUAUUUCCUCUGGAAACCCUUGUGUACCUGACUCCUGACUCAGAACAUGCUCUUGAAGAUGUUGAUCUAAACAAAGUUUACAUCCUUGGUGGACUUGUGGACGAAAGCAUUCAGAAGAAGGUGACAUUUCAAAAGGCCCAAGAACACUCUGUCAAGACCGCUCGCUUACCAAUCCAGGAAUACAUGGUCAGACGCCAGAAUGGGAAAAACUAUCAUUCAGAGAUACUGGCCAUCAAUCAAGUGUUUGAUAUCCUGUCCACUUACUUUGAGACUCAAAACUGGCCUGAAGCAUUGACGAAAGGAGUUUCUUCCAGAAAAGGCUAUGCUCUUCAGAACUCAGUGGAAUGAUGGACAGCCUAAGAUUGCAGCUGCAGGAGGUGAAGUUGCUGGAGUUGCCUUGACCAAAGAAUAGAUCAGAGGAUGGUGGUGGUACUCAUUUGCCUUUACUUGACAUCUUGGCUCUUCACUGGGAUAGGAGUUACUAACAGGGACCAUAUUUUAUGCUCUUUUGUAUCUCCCAUAGUGCCUGGCUCACAGGAAGUGCCCAGAUAUAUAUUGACUAACUAAAAAGUUUACAUAAUAAUGAAUUAGCCCUAAAACUACAUGGCUUUGGAUGUGUUAAUUCAUCUUCUGUACAUCUAUUUGUGAAAUACCUACUCUUUAGAGAUAGCUUAAAUAAUCAAGUAAGUAUUACUCUAUUGAGUCUAAUUUUCACUACACGGGCAGCAUAAAGUUGUAUGACUUUCUCCAGCCAUCUCGAUCAUGCUGAUUUUCCCCAAUUCAAGUAAUAUGUUGUACAUAGGCUUUGCAGGAUCAGCCUUUCCUUACCUAGCCCUGCUUUAAGCCCCCCAUAGCACUUUUUUCCAUCUAUGGCUCCUACUCUGUCUCCCCUAUUCUGAAUAUGAGCGUGGAGGGCUUCUCUCUUCUGAACAAGUAGCCUCCUAACAAUUUGUGGGAGUAUCUUUGUAUCCUUCUGAGCCUUGUACAAACUAGAUUCUUCAUAUAUACUUGUGAUUAACAGGUCAAAAUGAAAAGCAAAAACACAGUAUUGAUAAGUCUAACUUGAAAAGAGCCAGAAAAUACAUUGCAUCUGACACAAGCAUGUUAGGUAACCUAAAUCUCAGUGAUCUUUUCUCAUGUCCUAGUCAGGUAGAGUUGCUUCAGUUACUCUGGCCAGUUAGGGUUAGUAAACUUGAUAACUAAGCUGCUAGCAAAUUCAGAAAAUGUAUUCUAUAUCUCAAAAGAGCCAAAAGGUUACUUCUCUGCUCUGUCCCCUCCCCUUCACAAUUUAUUCCCUCCAGAGCUAUGAUCACUUGUUAAAUUAUAUCAGUUUACUACUUAAAAAUGGCCCAGUCUUCAGGAAACAUCUUUAGGAAUACAUAAUGCUGCUUGGUCUUUAUCAACAUAUUGAAUGAGUUCUAUAAUCUCUGUCAUCCAAUAGGGACCUCCUAUAGAUAGGCUUCAGGGUCUGUAACUCUUAUCAUAUAUAUUCUCAGGGAGGUCUCUGACCCCAGAACCACUGACCUGGAUCAUCUGUCAGGCUUCAUUUUCACCUUUAAAGGCUUUGCUUAAAAUGCAAAUUUCCUCUCCAACUCCAUCACAAACCUCUACUAUUUUUUCAAAACCCAGGCAGGUAGUCUUUUGUUUGGCUUCCUGGAAAUGAUCCUAACAAAGUUAAGAUUUGGCUAGACUUGGAAUCAGAGAUCCUAAUCAUUGUAUUAUCUACAGAACAACAAAAAACUAGACAUGUCCAAAAUAUCCUAUAACAUGAAAAUGAAAUAUUAUACUAUUGAAUUUUUAAUAGCAAUCGUGAAAGAAAUAUAUUAAAUGUUGUUUGAAGCAAAGUAUGUAACAAAGUAGUAUAUAAAGUAUAAUCCUGUAGUUCUAAUUUGAAAAAUAUACAUUCACAAAUAGUUGAGAAUGUAGGCCAAGUUAAAGUCUGUGCCUCAGUUUCUUCAACUGGGAGGUUAAGUGUCUUUGCAGUUACUAAGAAUAAAUGAAUUAAUCCAUGCAGAACACUUUUGGAACAAUACUUGAUACGUGGUAAGCACACGGUAAUUGUUAGCUGUUACAUACUCACCCAUUAAACAACA